UAAUUCAUCUUGGUCUAAAAAACAGAACUGAUUUUUAUGAACAUCAGCUGGGUACAGAUUGAGGCUAGAACUACAAGAGAACUUGAACUGAAGGUCCCGUCUGGCAACUCUAUAUGAAAGUCCAUGUGUCCAGUCACAUACAGACUGAUGUUGUAUGGAGCCUGUUCUGAUCGAGGCUAGAACUACAAGAGAACUUGAAUUGAAGGUCCCGUCUGGCAACUCUAUAUGAAAGUCCAUGUGUCCAGCCACAUUCAGACUGAUGUUGUAUGGAGGCUGUUCUGCAACGACACAUACUGCGGUGAGUUUUUAUAGGUCACGAUGUUCGUUGAAAGAAAUCAUGAUAAUUCUUAGGCUGCGUUUACACUACACGUCGGCAGACCGAAUUUCUGUUUCUGGCAACAAGGCCGAACAACUGGAAAGCAAACAAAAAGUAUAAUCCAGUACUGUUGGUUACACUAGAUCCGAACUCAUCGUCCGAGUCUUCAGGCACCUGAUGAUGAACUUAAAAUUUUGUUUCUGUUCUGACGGAAAACACAUUCUGAUGAAAAUUUAUCUGGCAGGGAUAAACAAAAAAGAAAAUGGAGGGCUUCAGUACAAAUAACGUUGUUGUGGUACUUGACACGGAGAAGCUUAUUUUACUAGUUCAAGAGAGAACGCCACUAUGGGAUACAUCGAACCCAUGCUACCACAAUAGAGACAUCUCAAAAAAAUUAUGGUCUGAAAUAGCUGAUGAACUCGGAUGUACAAUGUCACAAGCAAAAGCCAAAUGGCAAAAUUUACGAGACACCUUUAGGAAAGAGCACACAAAGAACAUAAAAAAAGUAACUGGAAGUGCAGCAGCUAACACUAAAGUACCAUGGAAAUACAUAAAUCAAUUAGCAUUUUUAAAUGAUGUUUUUGUUUCUAGACCAAUGCUAAGCAGUUUUCCAUAUACAUCAAGUUCUGAAUUUAGUGAAACUAUUGUGGCUGAAAUAAAUUUCAACAAUUCGGACUCACUGGACGAAGCUGCUGUGCGAGAUCCAGAAAUAGUUCUGCCAAUUGAAAAACCAAAGCUACAAUGCAAAAGAAAGGCAGACAAAGCUGACGCCAUUAAUCAGUUGAUAACAUUAGAGAAAAAGAAAUUAGAACAAAUUGAAAAGAUUAAUGACAAACAGGAGAUCAAGAAUGAUGAUAACUACCAUUUCCUGAUGAGUUUAUUACCAUAUUUUGAAGAUAUGCCUAAAAGAGUGAGCUUGUUAACAAGGAUGAAGAUACAACAAGUUAUUUUUGACACAAUUGAUGAUGCAGACUGUGAAUGAGCAAUGUGUAAUGAUUAAGAACUUUGUAUGUUAUCUGUUAUUACAUAGUCUUCUUUAUUCUUGACUAAUGUUAAUUAUUUGAAAUUACAAACAUGUUAUUGGUUAUUGAGUCUAAUUAUAUAAAAGUAUUUCAAGUAUGCAAUAAUGCUACUAAUUUGUUUUAUUUCAACUGAAUCAUCAGUGUUGUUUCAAAACAGUACAUUUGAUCUUGUGAUUUUGUUAUACGGGUAUUGCUAGAAACUGUAUUAUUUAUUUUUAUUCAUUGACUUGUUUUUGCUAUUAUUUAUCACUUUGAAAUCAUUACUUUCAAGUUUGUUUAUGGUGAAUUUGUGAUUCUACUGAUAUCCAGUUUUUCACUACUAGCUUGUAGUAAGGCUGAUGUUCUUUUAACUAUUACUUGUAGCCUUAACCAUGUAGUCAAUGUAAAUUAUUAUCUAAUAGUAGUACCUGUAGACUACUAACUAAUUAAUAAUUGCUAUAGAUUUAACUAUGUUCUCAUCAUACUGUAUUCUUAACUCUACUAAUUUUUAUCCUCAUGGUAAAAAUAAUAGUUUCAUUCAAAAGUAAUAAAUUUGUGGGUACAUAUAAUCCAUCAGAAGUUUAAGACCCUAUUUGUUAUUUUGAUAAAUAAUACGGGUCUGAAAUCAUGUAUUGUUUCAUUAAUUAUUAAAGCUUAUUAAAUUAAUUACUUGAUUUUUUGUUAUGGCUGUAUAAAAAUUAAAUGUGUUAAUAAAUUUCUUUUUAUUUUAUUUAAGACAUCUUCAAAUGCAGUCUUAAACUUAUUUUCUUUUAAUGGUAAAUUGAUGAAUUGAAAGGUGUGUUGAAGGAUGUUACCUAAUAAGAAUUCAAUGCUAGCUAGAAGGUCUGACAAGCAAGAAUAUAUAUAUAUAUAUGGUAACUUGACCAAUGGUCUCUAUAUUUUUAUGUAUGCCAAAUAUAAAUAAAAUAUAAACAACAGUAGCAUAACAACCAAAGAAGUUUAUUUCAAUUAAAUACCAGUGGCAUCAAAACU